CUUUGUUUUUCUGUAGACUUGCUUCCAUUCUUCUUCAUUCAGCUGAUCUUUUCCAGAAUUCCAUUAUAGUUGAAUUUUUUAAAAAACAAACUAUAAAUGAAAUGCCCCCUUUAAUUAGCUUUCUGAUUUAAAAAUAAAAAAUCAUAACAAGCUAAUCAAAAAUACUCUGUCAAACAUAUAUUUAACAGUUUUUUGAGUUAAAAAAAGGCCUGACUGACCCAGUAUCACUGUGACUGGUUCUGUGUCUGUGACUUGCUCUACCUUUCUAAAUAUUUAAAAGCUGCCCAGCUCUUAGUGUCUGGUUGCAGUCUGCUCACUAACACAGCAGCCAGAACCAACAAUGGCCCAGCUCAUGUCUUCACUGGGGCUGUUGUGCCAGAUCAAUGCGUUUACCUUCCUGCUUCUCAGCUACAUCCUCUUUGUCGUGCUGGGAGGUCUGGUGUUCACAGCGGUGGAGAUGCCGGUGGAGAAGGAGCUGAAAGUGGAGGUGGAGGAGCUGCGUCGCCUCUUCCUGCAGGAGAACCCCUGCGUGCGGGAGCGCAGGCUGAGUGAGCUGCUGGAGAAAGUUCUCUCUGCUCACCAGAGUGAUGUAGCCGUUCUGAAGGCUGAUGCUGACGAGAGCGACUAUGACUUCACCUCGUCGCUCUACUUUGUGAUUGUUACUCUGACCACCAUGGGUUCUGACUCUUACACUCCCAAAUCAGAUGAAGCCAAGCUCUUCUGUAUCUUCUACUGCACCCUGGGGAUCCCCCUCACCCUGUUCCUCCUCACCCUCCUCUCCAACCUCCUCCUCCCCGUCCUCACCGAUGCCCCUGUGCACCAUCUACACACUCACUGGGCCCUGCCCUACACCCGGGCCACCAUCAUCCACGCCACCCUCCUCUCAGUGCUGGUCGUAUCCCUCCUUUUCCUUCUCCCCGCUCUCCUGGUGUGUGUGGUGGAGCCGGAGUGGAGCUUCCUGGACGCUCUCUUCUUCUGCUUUCUCAUCCUGAGCACCGUCGGUCAGGGAGGAAACUCUGUGGGGAGAAGCUGGAGCCCAGCGGCCAAGGAGACACUCAAUCUCCUCACCACAUGUUACCUGCUGGUGGGCCUGGUGGUGCUCAUCACCUUCAAGGAGACUCUCCUGCAGGUUCCCCAGGUCCGUGCGGUGAUCAGGCUCUUCGCUGGUGUGCAGUAUGCAGAGCUGGAAGGUGUCAAUCUCAACGAACUGACACUGAGCGAAGAAAAUUGUGAAGAGGAGCCUCAGUACUUCUCGUCCAUCUGUACCAUCUCCUCCACUCCCUUAGAACUGAUGACCCCUUGUUCAGACCCCCAGAGAUCCACACCCUCAACUCUCCAAACCACCUGAGAUGCACAACUGGACACCAACCUGUCCACAACACCUCCACAACCCGACUCUUACAUGUUUGAAUAUUCAAAUACUUAAUGCACUGCACUUCAAUAUUAUCACAUUCCUCUGGAGUAAGCUGUGAAGUUCAGUCAUAAUUCAAGUUCAGUUCCAGUAAAGCUGUACAGCUGCAAGACUGAAAUGUUUCCUAUUCACGAUGUCCAUAUUUAGUCUUUAAACAUCAUGAUGGAGCUCAUGAGUGCAACACAAUGAUAUAAGCAGCUGGGCUUGGAAAUAUUUAACCAGCACAGUUUAACUAUAACAUACAGUAUGAGAUAAACAACAUUCACUCACAGUAAAAUGAGACUAAACUGUUUAAUAGCACACAAGAACACUGAAUUGAUUAUCUGUACUGUGCAGGCUAUUGGAAAGUCUUAAAAAGCACUGAAUUAGCUUCCUCAAAAAGGCCUUAAAAAGGUAUUAAAAAAGGAUUUUUCUUGAUGUUUAAUAUUUUCUCUUGCCUGUCGUAGGCAGCGAUAGUUAUAAAAUGUUUUGAUCUGAUUACAGGCUGUCAGGAGAGGCUACACACCUAUAAACUGAAAGUGGGAUUGUUUCAGCAGUGGAUUGUGCUGCAGCAAGUUAUUUCCUCCUUUUGUGUGGAGUCAUACCUGCAGCAAACACUGACAUUAUUAUAUUAAUAGGAAUUCUUGUUAUAUACAGUACUGCUGGGAUGUAGAAGUACUGAAAAACAUGUGAUAUAAUACUAAAUAUAUGUAGGCCAUAUAGUCCUACUGGUUUUCCAUCAUACUUUCAUUCUUUGGAUGGUAUGAUGGUGAAACAUGGUAAAUAACAUUUUAUGUGGUAUUAACAGUCUUUAAAAGUCUUAAAUUUAACUUGGUGAACCUGUAGAAAUCCCUGCUGGGAAACUUUGAGGCGAGGUAACCUUUAUUUUUCUGUUUUGCUGUACCCAAAGUAUGUUUUCUUUUUUUCCUACAGCACACAAAAGUGCUUAAAACAACCUAAAUGUGUCUCAAGUAUCUUAAGUCAGUUGUGCUGCUAUAGUUAUGACAUGUAACUUUAAGGAACUGGAAGUACUUUAACCUAACCUAAGAAAAAUGUGUACACGUCCUGCU